AUGGCACAUCUCUGGACCAGCUGCGUUUCGAACGCCAGUCGAACGCAUUUUUCAAUCACGCAGGCGAUUGUCCUGGGAGUGGUUUCUGGAGCUUUGACGGCAUUCGUGAUGCACUCUUUUCAAGAAUCCCCCAAGCCCACUCCAGAUCAGCCGAAAUCUCGAACCAAACGGUCCACGGUCAAUCCGGUUCAUGACGAAAGCUUGAUAACUGAGCAACUGGCCCGUAACUUGGCUUUUCUUGGACCCCAGGGAAAUCAAGACGUGCGAAACGCUUUUGUGAUCAUCGUUGGUCUCGGCGGUGUCGGUAGUGCCGCUGCAACUUCCCUGGUUCGUAGUGGAGUAGGAAGAAUUCGGUUAAUCGAUUUUGAUCAAGUCACUUUAUCCUCAUUAAAUAGGCAUGCAACAGCUACCCGGGAAGAUGUGGGAGUUGCAAAAGUAGUAUCAUGUAAAAACUUUUAUCAGAAAAUUGCACCCUGGCUGAAGAUAGACGCUCUUGUUGAGCAAUUUACAUUAUCGGAUGCGCCGAGGUUGUUGGAAGGAAAUCCAGAUUGGGUGUUAGAUUGCAUAGAUAACAUCACUACGAAAGUAGAUCUCUUGACCUAUUGUAAAAAGAAUGAUUUAAAAGUCUUGUCCGCCCUAGGCGCGGCCUCCAAAGCCGACCCGUCACGUAUUCAGAUAGCGGACAUAUCUAUGACAUUUGAAGAUCCAUUGGCACGUUCUGUGAGAAGAAGGCUGAGGCAAAAUGGGAUUAUUAGCGGUGUCCCAGUUGUGUACUCCACCGAGAAGCCUAACGAAAAUGUCAGACUACUUCCUUUACCUGAGGACGAAUUUCAAAAAGGAAAUGUAGGCGAACUUUCAGCCCUGGCGGACUUUCGUGUGCGCAUCCUUCCAGUUUUAGGACCUUUGCCAUCAAUGUUUGGACAAGCAAUGGCUGCCCAUGCCAUCACCCAGUUGGCAAAUUUUCCAACCCAACCCCUUCCAAUCAAAAACCGAACAAAGGUUUACCAUAGAAUAUUCAACGAUCUAUUAGCCAGAGAAUUUCGAUUGUGUGGCGCGACGACGAUCCCAUUCAGUGACGAAGAUAUCGGAUAUAUAUUCGAGGAUCUUUUUAGAGGUCGAUCGGUCGUCCAUCCAACUCUCAAAGUUAGCUCCCAUCCUUGCAUGGUGAGAUGGACCAUGAACGAAGAGUUACACUGGACCAACUGCGUCGUCAUGGAUCGCGCAGAAGCUGACGCUCAUCAACAAAAAGUUCUAGUUGAUCGACAAGAUCCCAUGGUAGUUUGGGGCCCCGAAACUGUUAAUUUGGUCCAAGCUAGGUUUUCUGAAGAACUUCAAAUGCGCAAAUGGAAAUAA